ACAUCGUUCCUGAUAAGAAUUAUUAUCAUUUCGUGCACACAACAGAUACGAGCCCUAAAAUCACUUUUGCGACAGACUGUAUUUAUUGACUGCUCAACUGAUUAAAUACAUUAUUCUAUGUUUUGUUAUUUGUGGACGCUUCCUGACAGUUUUGAAAAUCAUCCCAACUUUCAAAACCCACAAAAUCAUGUUUUCCCUCCGUUGCAUUUCUUCUAAAGGCCAGUAUUUCGUCAAGGAGUUGAGGUUAUGUCAGACCCGACACAGCUCAAACAAACCCAAAACCGGGAUUGUUUUACUAAACAUGGGAGGCCCCCAGAAGAUCGAGCAUGUGCACGAUUACUUGAACCAGAUAAUGACGGACCGUGACAUGAUCCAGCUGCCUUUUGCGCAAGACCACUUGGGGCCCUGGAUUGCCAAGCGCCGCACCCCAGAAGUGCAGAAAAAGUACCAAGAGAUAGGGGGCGGCUCCCCGAUUUUGAAAUGGACAAACACGCAGGGAGAGUUGUUGUGCAAGAGGCUGGACCACGUCUCGCCCAACACAGCCCCCCACAAACACUACGUGGCGUUCAGAUACGUCCCGCCGUACACUAAAGACGCAUUUGAAGAGUUGGAGAGGGAUAAUGUUGCACGUGCUGUCAUUUUUUCACAGUACCCCCAGUACAGUUGUGCCACCAGUGGCUCAAGUUUUAACGCGAUUUACACACAUUUUAAGGACAGGAAUUUGCCAAACGGUUUGAGACUUAGUGUAAUUGACAGGUGGCCCACACACCCAUUGUUAGUCAAAUGUUUUGCCGAUUUGAUUAGGAAAGAGCUUGCUCAAAUUAAUAAAGAGAAGCGGAACAAUGUUAUAAUAUUGUUUUCAGCUCAUUCUUUGCCGCUCAAGACUGUAAAUCGCGGCGAUUCGUAUCCGAGCGAAGUGGGGGCUACUGUCCAAUUAGUGAUGGAAGAACUGGGCUUUUGCAACCCUUAUCAGUUGGUCUGGCAGUCAAAAGUGGGGCCCUUGCCCUGGCUAGGCCCUUUUACCGACGAGGCCAUUAAAGACUACGUCAAGAAAGGGAAGAAAAACUUUGUUAUUGUCCCCAUUGCUUUUGUCAAUGAACACAUUGAAACGCUGCAUGAGCUUGACAUAGAAUAUUGCAAAGAAUUAGCGCAUGAGCCAUGCCCUUCUAGGUGGGAGUUGAAGAAAUAAGAAGGGUUCCGGCACCAAAUGACCACCCCCUGUUCAUUGAAGCCUUGACCAGUAUUGUGCACAACCACCUCCAGAACAAAGUAACGGUUGGGGAGAAAUUUCUAAACCGGUGCCCCCAUUGCACCAACGCGAAUUGUUACCACAGCAAGAAGUGGUUUUCGGAAGUGUGUAACCAUUAAACCAUUAAACGUUUAUCAAUC